UAUUGUAUUCAAAGAUUUAAGCACGAUUUACCGAUAUUGUACAAAGAGAGAUUUUUAUAUAAAAUAUAUAAUAAUUAUAUUUCUGCAUUUUAUGUGACUUCUUGAUGUUAUCAGACAUUGUAGAUAUAUCGAUUGUAUUUAUCGAGAUUUGCAAUGUUCAACUUUUAAAUUCAGCUUGUUGAUUUCAUGUCUGCGUUUAUAAAGCGACUUUAUCAUAAAUAAAAUAUUCCAUAAUUUCGACCGCGUAUCGCAGUGUUGUUAAGUUUUGCAGAAAUUUCAGAAAAAAGGUUUGGAAUGUAUGUACACGUUCAUCGAAUAAUGAUAAGACACGUAAAAUGGAGAAAAUUCUUAUAAUAGCGAGGAGUCCGGCUCCUGCUAGUUACCACGGAUUAAAAAUGGGCUCGAAAACUUUUGUAAUUCUUCGCGAACGAGCGAUACUGAGAUCUUCGCUUUCGACUCCGAGCAUCUCGUCUAAAAGAAUGAGCUAGACAUAAAGAACUUUGUAAGCAAUUUCCCGAUUAUAAAGGACAACAAAGACAACAUUAUAAAACAAAUCGACAAGGACAGAUCGGAAUAAUCAAACGAAAGCUUCAAAAAGAUGAUGUAUUUACAAUCGAUGAAGCAAGACAUUCGAACGAUCAAAGACAAAAUUAUCGGAAUAAGCUGGAAUAAUAAGAAUAAUUUAUAGAAACAUCGUAAAGUUUAGAAUGGAAAGGAAAGAGAAAAAAUCGACAGCUUUCAAUGAAUCCGUUUGUAUCUUGAAUUUUAAAUCAUCCGAAACGUUUCUUUUUCUGAAGAAAAAGAAAAGUAUACCGAUAAUUGAGAACGAGCAAUGUUCAGGAUCGUGCAAGCCUGUAGAGAGGAUUAAGUCAUUCUCUUUUAGAAGCGGAUGUUCGAAAUCAUGCACACAUUAUAGAGAGAACAAAGAUAGAGCUCAAACAUCGGAUGGCAAACCGCAAAUAUUGCGUGAAUCAUCAUCUCGUCAAACGAAAUCCGAUACAAAGUCCGCAAGAGAACUGUCCGACCAAGUAAAAACAACAAUAAAAGAAACGUCAGAAAAAUUGCAGAGCGUAUUGCCGUUUCUUGGGAGGACGACAAAACAUACCUUGGCAAAGAUGAAGUCUUUGUAUAAAAGCCUCAAGACAAGACGAGUUUUAGGAUUCAAAUGCGAUUUAAAAAAAUGCGAUAGUACUUUAAUGGAAUGUAGUACGAGAGCUUGUAAAAAGGAUAGCAUGGUUUUCGGUGAGUCAAGUCAUUCAUACGAUUUAAAAAUGACCGAUCCUAGCAUUAGCGACACUUCAACAAUAUCUAGUGCAAGCGAAAAAGCUCGAAAAUUUUAAGCUUUUCAUGAUCUAUAUAUAUUUAAGAUUAUUAUUUAUCGUUAAGUUCGAAUCUGGUUUCAUCAAUUUUAUUUAUCAGAAAUUUCAAGCAUUAACAAAUAACGUUCAAAAUAUUCUGUCAUUUAAAUUAUAUA